GUCAAAUAGAGGCCGAUUGUCACUCCGAAGGCUGCAGCCUCCGGUGGUCGCACUUGUAGUAGUCUGAAAAUUAACAAUUAAAAAGUUUACAGUUAUUCUUAGUUAAGCGUAAUUAUUAACUCAUGACUUGCAGAUGUAAUGCUCAGUUAAUUUGAAUAAACCAGGCUUGAUAUGUGCGACCUCCAGAGGCUGCAGCCUUUGGUUUGGCGUAUUUUUGUAGGCCACUUUUAUGAAGUAUGCGUUUGCUAGGAAAAAAAACUAUAGACUUCAAAUUGUAUAAGUUGUGCUUAUCUGUCAAGAUUAUCUUGUUGGACAAAACGUGAUAGUCUCGAUUCUCGAACAUUUGAUAAACGCAGAGCUUAUUUGUUGCUAUAAUCCAAAACUCUUGGAAAAAUGAUGGGCUUUUUAGCGAGGGAGUGUGUGUCCCGCUAACUUCCGGGGUUUGCCUACAAAAAUACGUCAUCGCUGAGGCACUUUACCGGGAAAUCGCACUCGACAGCUUAAAUUAUAAAUCAUUAUUUUAAUAUUUUUUUAUAUUUUCUGUUUUUUGUUUUGAUCACUGGUUUUUGUAUCUAUUUAUUAACUGUUUUAUUGUAUAACCAAAAGUUACGGAUUGUAGCUACUAAGAAAUUUAAUUGUUAAUAUUUUAACGAGCAAUAAUAAGGCAGAUAUAUAUUUGGCUCAGUUGCCUUAUAAACAAUUAACAUAUAAUUUAUUUAUAAAUACUUUUUGUAAACGCGUUUCGUUAAUAGACAGCAUGGCAGUUUUUGCUUUCCGUAGCUACAUUUUCUCACCGGUGUCAUGUCUGCUCCUAUGCUUAGCGCGUGGUGACGCUCGCUCGCUAUUUUUCCUGUUUUGAAUCAGGUUCUCUGGAAGUUAUUCUCCACAUGGCAGAGGCGACCCAAGACAAACCUACCGGACUGAAGUUCGCGGAGCAGCAGCUUCUGCGGCACGGAUGGGAAAAAGGUAAAGGUCUGGGCAGGAGAGAGAGUGGCAUCUCAGAGGCUAUUAAAGUCAAAAUUAAAUGUGAUAAAGGAGGGGUGGGUCAUAAAGAAGGUGAACAAUUCACUUUCCACUGGUGGGAUCAUGUUUUUAACAAGGCCUCCUCCAACCUGGUUGUGGAAACAGGGCAGGAUGGUGUGAAGGUAAAGGCGGAUGACAGCAGUAAUAUCUUGAUCUCCAACAGAAAGCCAACCAAAGCUCAGCAAGCAAAGUCCAUGUUGUAUGGAUCUUUUGUCAAGUCAGCAACUCUGCUCUCAGGUGAACUGCAGCCAGAAAAGCCAUCCGAGUCAGAUGAUAGCAGCAGUAGUUCUGAAGAUGAGGACCAUAAACUGGACCUCUCCAGUACUACAAAGUUAUCAGAUGCAGACCUGCUCAAAGCUUGUGGAGGACGAACAGCGCACAAGGGAGCCAGACAUGGUCUUACUAUGAAUGCCAAACUGGCCCGUCUUGAGCAGCAGGAGCUAGAGUUCAUGAACAAGUACGGUAAAAAUAACCAGCCGGCACGAACAUCCACAAACCCUGAGGACAAUAAAGAUGCUACAGAGAAAACAAAAUGCAAGAAAUCAAAAAGGAAGGAGAAGCCAUCAGAGGAGGACUCUAAUGGAUCUGUUUUUGUGAAUGAUGAUACGAUGACUGAUGCUAAAACUAAGAAAAAGAAAAAUCGCAAAGCACAACCCGAAGGGAGUUUUAAUGGGGACUGCGGUUUAGCAGGAAAUAUGGAGUCCGCACUCACGACAGAAGGACUACAUGAAGAAUUUAAUGAAGCAGCUUCAUGCCUAUCAGUGGAGAAGGAGAAUAUCCCCAAGAAGGAGAAAAAGAAGAAGAAAAAGUGUAUGGUUGCUUCAUUGGAUAACACAGAUGUAAUCAGCGAGGAUUUCACAGACAAGCAACCACAUGAGGAUUCUAAGCAUCAACAAAAAUCUGACAGUGUCUCCAAGAAAAAGAGAAAAAAGAAGUCCUCCAUGGACCAUCACGAAUCGUCUCCUUCCACAAAUACAAGGAACUCCACCAGUGCCAUGAUGAUAACAGAUGACACUAACACACAAGAGGACAUGGAUAUGGACAUGGAGAUAGAAGGACAAGAAAAAAGUAGAAAGAAGAAUAAGAAAACGAAAAAACUACGAAAAAUGGAGAAGCAGGCGGUGGACGAACAAGUGACAUUUGAGGACUCUGUGCCAAAGAAAAAGAAAAAAAAGUCCAAAGAGUAAACUUUGCAUUGAUGGUAGUCAGUGAUUUUUUGAAACUUUUUAAAGUGUAACUGUUUAUAUCUAAUAAUGCAAUAUUAUUUAUUCUGACAAAUGGUUGAUCUUUAAAGCUUGUUCUUUCUCACAAAUGCCAAAAUGAAUUUCAUGUAUCCUAAGCUUGUCUAGGGAUGUUUUUACUGUGUGUACAAAUCAUGUGCAUAACAUAUUAUUUACAGAUCACAAUUACAACUAGAUAUGAAAUAAAUAAAGGCUAGUGUGUUGAUGAAACACCUAAUCAUUUUAAAACAAUAAAAUAUUUUUGAUGUUUUUAUAAAUACUGAUUUAAAAUUAUUCAUCUCCAUGUCCACUAUAGAUGCAUCAGUCAGGUCAUUCCUUAAGUUCUAGUUCUU